GUGUCUAAUCAUAACUGGACACUGACCACUACUACCACAACCCCAUCAGUAACUCUCACCUUGGUGCAUAGCUUAGCUAGUUCUCUGUCUGAAUUGGUUCCUUUCUUUUUCAUUUAGAAGUAGAACAUGAUGCAGGAGACUAACCAGUCCUUUGUGGCUGAAUUCAUCCUUCUGGGCUUCUCCUUCAACCCCAGCACCACUCCUCUGCUCUUCUCAGCCUUCCUGAUCACCUACCUGCUGAUUAUUCUGGGAAAUGGCUUAAUCACCAUCCUCAUCUGCCUGGAUUCACACCUCCACACACCCAUGUACUUCUUUAUUGGCAUCCUUUCCAUAUUGGAUGUGGGCUAUACCACUACAACUGUGCCUCAGAUGUUGGCACAUCUAGCCAGCCAGAAGAAGACCAUCUCUUUUGCCAGCUGUGUGGCCCAAAUGUACAUUUUCUUGGUGCUAGGCAUCAUGGAGUCGUGGCUCUUUGCCAUCAUGUCUAUAGACAGGUACGUGGCCAUUUGCCACCCACUCAGGUACAAGGUCAUCAUGAGCCCAUGGUUAUGUGGAGUAAUGGUCAUUUUCUGUGGACUCUGGGGUGUCAUUUCUGCUCUUGUCUACACUGUUUUUGCCAUGCAUCUGCCAUACUGUGGCUCCAACAAGAUCAACCACUUCUUCUGUGAAGUUCCUGCAGUCUUAAAGCUGGCUUGUGCAGAUACCUCAGUCAAUGACCGAGUAGACUUCAUUCUUGGCUUUACUGUCAUCCUGGUCCCACUCUCCCUCAUUCUUGUCAUUUAUGUCAACAUCUUCAUUGCCAUCUUGAGGAUCCGUUCAGCCCAGGGGCGACUGAAGGCCUUCUCCACUUGUGCCUCCCACAUCACUGUGGUCACUAUGUUCUGUGUGCCAGCCAUGGUCAUGUACAUGAAGCCUGGCUCUGAGGCUUUCCUGGAAGAGGACAAGAAGUUGGCCCUGUUCUACAAUGUUAUCUCUGCUUUCCUCAACCCCAUCAUCUACAGCCUCCGGAACAAGGACAUACAGAGGGCUUUCCUCAAGGUGACAAGCUGGGGCAGGGCCUUCCAGGGAAACAGCUGGGGAACAGAGAAGCAAGACUCAUGA